UGACCCCUGCUACAACUACAUUGUUCUGUAUGAUUCAAGAAGAUCCAGCAACUAUUCUUCUUCAACCCUCAUGUGUGACAGAGAUGUCAGCUGGGUCGGCUGGUAUCGUCUUUAUCUUAAUGGCCAGAACGUUUGAAUGUCAGAAACAUGUGUUGAAAAAAAUAAGUGUGGUGCUGAAGUGCCACUGUGGCUCAGUGAUGGCCACCCAACAGUUGAGGAUGGAGUGGUCACCAGACGUGUUUGUGGUCACUGGGAAAAUUACUGCUGCUAUUUCCGUUCAUAUCCCAUCAGAGUCAAAGCCUGUCCAGACAAUUAUUAUGUCUUUGAGUUUGUCAAACCAAUUCUAUGCGCCAGUGUAUACUGUGCAGAUGUUGGCAGCGUAAACAAAACCUACACAACUGUGGCACCAGCGAUCAGCACGACUGUUGUUGGAAGCACGAGUGAAUCCUUCACAACUGUCACAUCUUUGAUCACCACAACAGAUGUGGGAAGCACAAGCGGAACCUUCACAACGGUCACACAUGUGACCACCACUACAGGCUUAAAUAUAGAACUGCUUACCAAUCGCACUGGAACCACUUUUGUACAGAAUCUACUUGACCAGAUACAGAAUAUAACAGUUCUCCCUUUAACUAGUGUGACCAAUCUUUUGGACCUGGUUUUUAAUACAUCAGAGAAGAUUUCCAACUCAUCAUCAGGUGACCCCAAGAAACUAGUGUCUGAAGGAAUCCAGGUGUUGAAAGCCAGCGAGAAGCUCGUCUCCAUGUUGGUGAAGCCUACAAACACUUUUGACAAUGUCAGUUUUAUUCGUGAUUCUGUAGGUAAGAGAGACACUACUAUAUGA